CUCGUGGUCAUGGCACUCGCUUUGGGGGAGCUGACCUUUUUCGUGAUCAGCUUUUGAGAAGCUUUUUGAUGGCUAUUUGGCGGUUCUGUAUCGAGUUGAGAAUAGGUGUCUGUGAGAUUGGUGUGGAGAUUGUGGGUGGUUUUGGGUUGCGGGGUGAGCAAGCUACGUUGUUAAUUGGUAUGUGGGGCUUGCGGGAAUAGUUGGCUGAAGUAUCUGUUUUUUUCAGUCGGUGAUGCGUUAAGAUUCUGGAAUUUCGUGGGGGUCAAGCGAAAGCAUAUUGCUAUGUAUAGAAAUCGGAUGAGACUACAGCUCUUUUGUCAAGUCCACGGAUCGCGUGCAGCUCACAGAAUGUGUAGUCGAAAAUUCUUGAGCCUGUGUGUCCACAAUUUCCUUUAGCUUUAUCUUCCUUUCUCUACAUGCAUCUGUCCACAAUGGCUCAGGAGGAAAAAUGCACCGUACCCAGUAAUGCGAAUUCGGGCGCAGCCGACGCUGCUCCCGCACCGCGUGAUGUGACCAAGAUAAAGAGGCCCCAGAAAAGCCUGGCGUCGUUUGUUGCAGGUGGAGGGGCAGGCAUGUUGAGCACUACUCUGCUACAACCCCUCGAUGUAAUCAAGACCCACAUGCAAGCAGCGGAAAAUCCCAGAGAUAGGCACUUCAAAGUGGUCGUGAACAGGAUUUUAGGGGAGGAUGGUGUGAAAGGGCUCUGGAGGGGCACGGGACCAGCUUGUGUUAGAGUAGGGUUAGGUGCCGGAUUGUAUUUCGCAGUUUUAGGGCCGAUGAUGGAGACCAUUAGGUCUGCAUUCGCUCGUGGAGAGCCUUACACUCAAGGCGAUGGGGGUCCAUUGAAGGAGAAACUUCCAGCUCUGGUGACUUUGAGUGCGGGUGCGUUGACAAGAUCAAUUGCAUCUUCGGUUGUCUGUCCCAUUACGGUCAUCAAGACGCGCAUGGAGUAUGCGGCGGCGUCUGGUCUUGUUUAUCGCAACACGUUUCAUGCUGUUCAAACUAUCUCAUAUAAAGAGGGUCUCUCCGGUCUUUACAGUGGAUUGAUACCAACACUAGCACGAGAUGCACCAUAUUCUGGUCUGUAUCUUCUGAUGUACAAUCGCAUUGGCAGCUCUUUGAAAGAAAGUGUGCCUACUGGGACUCCGCAAGCUGCUACCAAUUUCUUAGCAGGUGCUCUGGCUGGAGGGAGCGCGACACUUCUAACUCAUCCCCCGGACGUGAUUCGGACAAGGCUACAGUUGGAGCAGGGCCUCACCUCCAGCAUUGUGUCUACAGUCAAGCACAUUGUUGAGGUACAUGGUCUUAAAGGUUUGUUUGUAGGGGUGAUGCCGAGGGUUGGGAGGCGAGCACUGCAGCAAGCUUUUGCAUGGACAAUCUACGAGGAGAUAGUGCAACGAGUGUCCAGAAAAUUCUGACUUGCCCACACAAUCCAAAUCUUGGAAAGUAAUUUGUGGAGUGUCGCGACUUAGAUUCACGAUUUUAUCGUAUUGUUUUGAAAAAAAUACUGGUUUUCUGCAUACUUUUGGGGCUUCAUACCGAGAAGUGUGUUUGGUCCUGGAAUGUCAAAAGCUGAUUUCAGAUGACCCGCUCAGUCUUGGUGUACAUUUAAAAUUAAAAUGGAAUAUAUGCAGCAUAUUUGCAAGUGUUUUUGCAUUAAA